AAGGCUGGGACUUUACUCCAGCGGCUGCGGCGGCAAACGAGUCAGAGCUCCAUCAACUGCUCCAGGCGCCGCGCCCCGAAGCUGAGACACGAUGAGCGGCAGAGUCGGUGACCUGAGCCCCAAACAGGAGGAGGCAUUGGCCAAGUUUCGAGAAAAUGUCCAGGAUGUGCUGCCCACCCUGCCCAAUCCAGAUGACUACUUUCUUCUUCGAUGGCUCCGAGCCCGAAGCUUUGACCUGCAGAAAUCAGAGGCCAUGCUCCGGAAGCAUGUGGAAUUCCGGAAGCAAAAGGACAUUGACAACAUCAUCAGCUGGCAGCCACCAGAGGUGAUCCAACAAUAUCUGUCAGGCGGCAGGUGUGGCUAUGACCUGGAUGGCUGCCCUGUGUGGUACGACAUCAUUGGGCCUCUGGAUGCCAAAGGUCUGCUAUUCUCCGCCUCCAAGCAGGACCUACUCAGGACCAAGAUGAGGGACUGUGAGCUGCUUCUGCAGGAGUGUGCCCACCAGACCACAAAGCUAGGGAAGAAGAUAGAGACUAUCACCAUGAUUUAUGACUGUGAGGGACUCGGUCUAAAGCACCUCUGGAAACCUGCAGUGGAGGCCUAUGGAGAGUUUCUCUCCAUGUUUGAAGAAAAUUAUCCCGAAACACUGAAGCGUCUGUUUGUUGUGAAAGCUCCCAAGUUGUUUCCUGUGGCCUAUAACCUCAUCAAGCCCUUCCUAAGUGAGGACACUCGUAAGAAGAUUAUGGUCUUGGGGGCAAACUGGAAGGAGGUUUUACUCAAACAUAUCAGCCCUGAACAGUUGCCUGUGGAGUAUGGAGGCACUAUGACCGACCCUGAUGGAAACCCCAAAUGUAAAUCCAAGAUCAACUAUGGGGGUGACAUCCCCAAGCAAUAUUACGUGCGAGACCAGGUGAAGCAGCAAUAUGAGCACAGUGUGCAGAUUUCCCGAGCCUCCUCCCACCAAGUGGAGUAUGAGAUCCUUUUCCCAGGUUGUGUCCUCAGGUGGCAGUUUAUGUCGGAGGGAUCAGACGUGGGUUUUGGAAUUUUCCUGAAGACCAAGAUUGGGGAACGGCAGCGAGCAGGGGAGAUGACAGAGGUGCUGCCCAGCCAGAGAUACAAUUCCCACAUGGUCCCUGAGGAUGGGACCCUCACCUGCAGUGAGCCAGGCAUCUAUGUCCUGCGGUUUGACAACACUUACAGCUUCAUCCAUGCCAAGAAAGUCAGUUUCACUGUGGAGGUCCUGCUUCCAGACAAAGCAGCAGAGGAGAAGAUGAAUCAGCAGGGGGCAGUCACCCCCAAAUAACAGCUCCUCCUGUAGCAAGCCUGCCCCCUCUCAGUGUCUUCCUGGCAGUUUCUUUGUAGUAGUCACUCUCCCACAACCCAGUAGCCUGAAGAAACUGAGCUGGAGGGAAGACUUCAAACUGGACAGGAGACUCCCGUCCAGAAUCCAAAGAGGACAAAUGGCUAGAGUGGGCCCUUUUCAUCAGACUACUAAGGGGUCUCUAGAGACUGGCUGUAAUGAUAUCUACCCUGGAGACUUGCCAACUUCACCUGUCCGGUGACAGCUGAGACAGGGAGCAGAAGGGUACACAGGAUGGCAGCAGGGAAGAAAUUAGAAGAAAAUGAGAUGUCACACUCAGGGAAGCCAGCUGCUGGGAGACACUUGCUCCUAAAUGAACAUGGAACAAACCUCCAUGGUCGUAAUGAUGGUUGCAAGGGAGCAGGCUGCUAGGCAGGUGAUGGGAAUCCAGAGCUCUUCCAAACUUUUUGUAAAAGGCUGGAGUAUCCACCCCCUCCACCCCGACCCCUCAAGUCUCGGGUGGCCCAAGUCAGCACUGGAAGGCAAGAGGAGGGCCUCUCUCUCCCCUUGAGAACAUCACCAACUCCUAGGCCCCACUGGCUGCCUGUUUAAUUACUAAUGGUUGCCAGUGACUCAGAGUUUUGUGAAACUUUGCUACCUAGCCACUGUUGUCCAGUGAAAAAGAGAAACUUUCCAAAAGCACAAGGGUAAUUACCUUCGGGGAUCACAGAUCUGAAAGGGCCAAGGAGGCCUCUAAGCAAGCCUCCACUUGAUCAACCCUACACAAAAAUGAGAAGUGGGAGUAAGACAGAGGGCAUUUCCCAGUCUGAGUCUCCUGAAUGACUUGAGGGCUUGGCAGGCCUUCUCUGUGGAGGCGUGCAACGGCAGCAGUGGGUUCCCCUUGCCUGUGAAUGCAGGUAGCCAGGGAGGGAGGCUGCCCGGGAAAGUGGCCAUAGGCCAGACAAGCAUCUGAGCCAGGGGAAGGGGCGACCACAGGAGGCCUUGCAAUAGCAGCUCUUGACCCUACACAACUUGCGAGCAAACGCCAGGUUACGGACUGCCCAGAGUUCCGGAACGCGGCCCCAGGCCCUUCCGGAGUCCCCCCUUCUCCUUGGAAAGAGACCCCGGCCCAGCCUGAGGACUUGUCUCACCAAGCACAGGGAGCUCUCGGCAGGGCAGGGCUAGCGACCGGAGGGUCGAGGCUACUCAGGAUCUAGUCGCACAUCUCAGGAGCAUGUCCUGGCCUUGGUUUACAAUGAUGUUAAGUACAUUAACUAAUGAAUAAAGCAAUUUUCAGAGCAAAGGGAGUAGAAUUUACUGCCCAUCGCCGGUUUCCUAGCAGCCUGUCAUUUUAGGUCCAAACUUGACCUUCUCAGAAGCCAAGUAACAGACUCCUGCUGAAAUAACACACAGACAUAGGCGGUCUGUUCCUCUCCUCUCGCGUGAACUUUCCCCGAUGUCCUGUCUUGUGAUUGGUUCAGCCGGUGAGUGUCGUCCACCAUCUUUGUUCAUGGCAUGAAGAUGCUCCCGACAGCCUUCACGGUGAGGGCGGAGACCCCGCCCUAUUCGGUGAUUCCAGACCUUGCCGGGUGGUUCGUCCGCGACAACCCGCAGCGGGCGCGGGCGAGCGUGUGGUAGUGAAUGCUGGCAUGCCUCCCAUUUACACACGAACUCAGGCUCAGAGAAAUACAGCUUUGCUAUACGUCGCACACCUGAGAAGAUACCAUCCUGAUUGAAACCCUGGCCUGGUUAGUUCCCAAAACUAACUAUGCC